UACUCGCACACACUGUGUGAAAAUGUGUGGUUGGUGAAAAGGUUUGUUUUUCUGUGGAAGAUUUGCUGACUUGCGGAGUAUUUCGUCUAUUAACAGCUUGAUUUUGUGACAUUUUGCAAAAAGAAGGUGCCUCAUAAUAAACAGCAAUGCCAAGGAAAAAACCAUACAGCGGAAAGCAGAAGAAGAAACAGCUACAGGAGAAAAGAGACAAAAAGAAAGGGGAUGGUUCGUCUUCGGGAAGAACGAAUGCAGCAAUUUCCCAUCGUUCUCGCCAGCAGAGCUACGAGCUGAACAGCAGUGAGGAAGAGCAAGGUUCAGGGUCCGAUGCUGAGCAAAAUGCUGGCGCUUCAGUCCCUGAUGUCAAUAGACUUAAUUAUCAGCCAGUCAGAACCGAUAAAUACGACCCAAACAGAUUUCAUCUUCACUUUGAGAAGGACUCCAGGGCGGAAGUGGAGAAGAGAAAGAAACAAUCUAUGCAGCCGUUUGUGAUUUUACCUGAGACCGCCUUAGAGGUAAACCUGGAGGACAUCUACCAGCCUGGGUCCGUGCUGGACAUGCCAAAGAGACCCCCCUGGGACUACUCCCUGACCAAGGAGAAGCUUGAGGCGCGGGAGGAGGCCGUGUUCCAAGAAUACCUGAAGAAGAUCUUCACCAUUUACCCCACCAAACAACUUAGCUUCUUUGAAAUCAACCUAGAGACUUGGAGGCAGAUAUGGCGAGUCCUUGAGAUGUCUGACAUCAUCCUCCUCAUCACGGACAUCCGACACCCGGCCGUCCACUUCUCGCCCGCCCUCUACGACUAUGUGACCAAGGACCUCCACAAACACCUCAUCCUGGUCCUGAAUAAGAUUGAUCUGGCCCCUCCGUCACUCGUGGUGGCCUGGCAUACCUACAUGAAGGAGAAAUUCCCUGAUGUUCACGUGGUUUGCUUCACCUCCUUCCCGAGAGAGAACCUGACGCCGAAGAGUAUCGACCCUGGAAAGGUGCUCCAUCGUAAGAGAAGAAGAGGUGCGUACACUGCAGUGGGUCCUAUGCAAUUACUCAAAGCCUGUGAGACGAUAUGCCAGGGCAAAGUUGACCUGAGCAGCUGGAGGGACAAAAUAGAGGCGGAGCUUAGGGGAGAGGAGGGCCUCGCGGCUAAAAUCAUUGAGACUUCGGACACGACGCAAGAUACAAGCUUUUCUGAACACGAGUUUUUUAAGGAAUCGGUGCUGACAAUAGGAUGUGUAGGGCAUCCCAAUGUAGGUAAGUCAUCCCUCAUGAACGGUCUGUGCGGUAAGAAGGUCGUCAGUGCCUCUCGGACGCCGGGUCACACCAAGCACUUUCAAACCAUCUUCUUAACGCCGUCGGUCAAGCUGUGUGAUUCCCCUGGCCUAGUGUUCCCAUCGCUAGUAGAUCGACAACUCCAGAUUCUUUCAGGCAUGUAUCCCAUUGCACAAGUCCAGGAACCAUACACAGCUGUUGGCUAUCUUGCCCAGAGAGUCAACCUCGUGCCCAUACUCAAGAUUAAGCAUCCUCUGUAUGGGAAUAAACCUGGAAAGGAGGAACUUGAGGAGUGGUCAGCGUGGGAUAUAUGUGAAGCAUGGGCUGAAAAACGUGGUUUCAUGACGUCUAAAGCAGCCAGGCACGAUGUCUACAGAGCGGCUAAUAACUUACUCAGACUGGCCGUAGAGGGCAGACUAUGCAUGUGCAUGAGACCUCCAAACUAUACAAGUCAGAAAGAUAAAUGGGAGCAUCAUCCGGACACCCUAGAAAUCUCCAAGAUCCAGGAGCAGCACAAGGAGCUGAACCCCGAGGAGAUUGACCAAUCAGAGUUCACCAGCUCAGCCGGUGAGGACAGCGAUGCGGACAUUGAGAGCAACGAGGUAGAACGAGACACGGACACAAGGAGGAGACGCCGACGGAAGGCUAAAGAGGAUGGAGAGACAGAACGUCUCGUAGCGACCAGCAAUAAAUUUGCUCUUCUAACGGCAGAGUGAUGAUGUAAGGGGGGAUUCCCCUACCCCUGAUAUCUAAGAAGAACAUGGUUAAAGAGCAUGGUUCCAGAGCAAACAGGUAUCUUUUUGUAUUGAGAUUUUUUCAUGAGAAGACUUGGUGCCAGAUUCACACUGUACAGAUAUACCGUGUAUGGAUGGUUCCAUCAAGGUUCCCCUCCCAACCCUAUCUGAGAAGAACAUGGUUUAUGAGCAUGGUUCCUGAGCAAACUAGUAUCUUUUUGUAUUGAAAAUUCUUUCAUGAGAAGGCUUGGUGCCAGAUCUGUAAGUGAUGGAUUGCUCCGUCAUUGUUUGGUAUGGUGCUAGUCAGAUGCAAGGGUCUGGGAAUUAUAGACACUAGUGAGGGACCGCUGUGAAGCGGCAUUUAAGAUGGAGACGGUGCUGCUCCUAAAGCAAGUACGUAACUCUCACAGGGCUUUUAUUAUGUAGGGCAGGGUACCAGACUAUAGACCUUUCUAUAACAACUCCCCAGCCUGAAGUUUUGCCAACCAAGGCUGGCAACUAUAGGAAGCUAUAAAUGCAAAGCUAAAACAGAUUUCCACAGUUUGUAAAAAAAAUGUUGUGUUUCUUGGAUGCAAAGCAACCAACCAUGGGAUAUGUUUUCUUUUACUUGGAAGUUUGCAGAAAUGUUUAACUUGACACAACAUCUGUUUAACGGGAUUGGAUGUUUUUAAAACAUUCGGCCGUCCAUGCCAACCAGUAAUAGAAAUGUCUAUUGCUCUGUCUGCACAUUUCCAUUUUAUUUACACUGAUGUCAUGCUGCAUGCUGUAAAGGAAUUUCAUUGUCUGGAACCAUAGUGUUAGCCAGAGGGGUAGUCUGGGUGUCUUUUGUACACAUUUGUUAAAUUUGGACACCCUGUUUUAUCUGUCAUUUAUGUGUAAUUUACACAAUUUUGAUGCCCAGUUUUCAAAUUUUCAGCAAAUUUAGACACAUUUUUAACCACAUCCUGUCUAAAACCAAAGUACCCAGUUUCCACUGAACUUUGGAUAGUUCAAGGAUAAUAAUCUGUGAUUUCGACAUUGUUACUAAACUGCACUUAAAAACCAGCGAAAUUGCACGCGGAUAACAUGGGCAAUUUUCAAAGACCAGUUUCGACACUCUUAUGUGACCAAACAGUUUCUUGAAGUAUGAAUUGAGAAGAUAUCUAUUCUGUCAUUUCUAAGUAGCAUGCUGCUUAUGCUGAUCUGCCUAAGCGGAAAAUACUGCUAAACAAGUUAUGAGCAGGAUACCAGUCAAAGAUGGUGUACAGUAUUAUAUGUGAUUGAUAUUUUUAACAAUUUUCUGCUAAACAACUUAUGAGUAGGAACAGUCACAGAUAAUAAUAUUCAAAAUGAAAACUUGAAGAGCGCACAGGUCUAUCAAAAUGCUCGUGGCACUAAAAACAAACAAUAAUAAUAAUAGACCGUUUUUAUAUAGCGCUUUUCACGCCCAAAGGGUGUCUCAAAGUGCUUUUGACAUUAUUAUCCCUAUUAUUACACAAUAAUAACAGAUAAACAUGUACAAUAAACAAAAUGAAAACGUAAGCCUAAAGCUGCAUUCGCAUUGGACUUUUGGGUCUAGUAACUUACUUGCCCGGUAAGCCGGUAAGUUAAGUUAACAGACGGGUCGGUAAGUUAACAGCUGUUUGCGCUUGGAUUAAUUUGUGUCCGGUAAUUUACCAGGGGCCUUUCUUGAACCCUCGGCUUGGGCUCCGGCUCAGGCUAGGGCUCUGCGCGCUGCGUACGCAGUGGGAACGCAGCUAUGCUAUUAACACGCAUUUUUGGAGCAGUGCCUAUUACAUGAGGUGGUUCUAACAUCAGCUGACCUUUUACAAAUAGGUCAAGUGACAGUGGUGUUAAGUUCCUGGAGUGGUCCGUUCGCAUUGGACUUCUUGUCUCGAAUGGGGCCUGUUAACAGCGCUGUGGCGGUAACUUACCACCCCGGUUAGUUAUCUGCUGUUUAUACUUCCAAUGUGAAACCGGCUUAAGCCGAGAAAAAAUGGAAUGUGAUCGAUAUAUUUAGGCUGGUAACCUUAUUCUGAACAGCAUAAUUGUUUUGUGCUAAGCUCCUUUUUGUGCUUAAGCAGUUCGAUAAAAUUGGCCCUUGGUUUUUAACCCCAUAUCACUAAUCACAUCAGUACAUGUAUUCAACACACUCAAACAAUAUUUGUCCUAUUAUGCAGCGUAUUCACUUGAUACUUUUGUAUGAGAUAUUUCACACCAUAUUGUUUGGGAAUUUCCUACCAAAAAUAACACCACUGUGUUUUCCUGUUUGUGCUAUUCAUUUGAAUUAGACUCAGCCAUACCCUAA